AUGAAUCUUAAAUCAGUUACAGUAGUAGAACAUGAUCCAAGAUGGAAAGAAUUAUUUUUAGAAGAGGAAAAACAAAUUAAGGAAGUUAUUUUUAAAGAUUAUAAAUGUAAAAAAUUUAAUGAAUAUGAUGAUACACCAUCAUCAUCAGCAGCACAACCACCACUAUUGACAGUGAAUGUAUUUCAUUGUGGUUCAACAUCAGUGCCAGGAUUAAAAGCAAAACCAGUCAUUGAUAUUUUAUUAGUUGUUAAUGGUGACAUUAGUGAACUAGAUGAAAUGAAUGAAAGAUUCGAAUCAUCUAAUUACCAAAUCAGAGGUGAAAAUGGUAUUGCAGGUAGAAGAUUCUUUACAAAACGUAUACCAAAUCAUAUUUGGGUUAAUAUGCAUGCAUUUCAAUUUGAUAACAUUACAGAUAUUGAAAGACAUUUAACCUUUAGAGAUUAUCUCAUUGCUCAUCCAAUCAUACUUGACCAAUAUGCAAACUUAAAGAGUGAAUUGGCUUCAAAGUUUCCAAACUCAAUCGAUGAUUAUUGGGAAGGAAAAAAUCUUUGGAUAAAGUGCCAUGAAAAAAAAUCUUUAAUCUGGCACUGGGCAAAUAGAUUUAAUAAUAAAUAA